ACUGUCCUUCCCAGCCUUCGGGAUGCUUCUCUGCGAGCCAUCACCGUACCCCUGACCCGUCCUCAUUUCCAAAACUGUCUGGGCUGCGCACUGCUGCGCAGGGCCCCCCAACUCCCUGCGAAUCCGAGGCUGCAACCGGGAUCUCUCCAGGUCGCUCCGGCAGCGGAGCACGGACGCAGUUGCACGUUGCGGCCAGGAGUCGGAAGAGCCGUGUUUUACGACACCGUGCGACGGCACGGCGCGGCUGACGGCAAAGCCGGGCUGCUCUUGGGGAGGUCACUCCGGAGACGGCGGAGGUUCUGGGGCGUGGGGGGGGUCUGUGACACUAUGUGGCGCGUGUGCGCGCGGCGGGCGCAGAGUGUGGUCCCCAGGGCGGACCUGGGAGCUCGGCGGACGGCCUUGAAGGAGGGUCCGGGGGUCCUGAGCGAGAGUGCGCGGUCCGGCCCGGUUGCUGCUCGUUGCAGUAGCGCGACCCCCGGGUAUGGCGGGGUCCGUUCGCUCUGCGGCUGGAACCCCUGCUCGGGCGCUGCGCCUCGUUACCUUUUCUUGCGGCAGCUGCUAUGGUUGCCUGGCCGCCGCAGCUACAGCCUCCCGCCGCAUCAGAAGGUUCCAUUGCCUUCUCUUUCCCCUACAAUGCAGGCAGGCACUAUAGCCCGCUGGGAAAAAAAAGAAGGGGACAAAAUCAACGAAGGUGAUCUAAUUGCAGAGGUUGAAACUGAUAAAGCCACUGUUGGAUUUGAAAGCUUGGAGGAGUGCUAUAUGGCAAAGAUCCUUGUUGCUGAAGGGACCAGAGAUGUUCCAAUUGGGUCCAUCAUCUGUAUCACAGUUGGAAAGCCCGAGGAUAUUGAGGCCUUUAAAAAUUACACAUUGGAUUCAGCAGCAGCAUCUCCACCACAUGCAGCCCCAGCACCAGCUCCGGCUGCUUCUUCAGUACCAUCUGCACCUUCUGCAAAGGCUCCUGGAAGCUCAUAUCCUCCUCACAUGCAGGUACUUCUUCCUGCUCUCUCGCCCACCAUGACCAUGGGUACAGUUCAGAGAUGGGAAAAAAAAGUGGGUGAGAAGCUAAGUGAAGGAGACUUACUGGCAGAGAUAGAGACCGACAAGGCCACGAUAGGUUUUGAAGUACAAGAAGAAGGUUUUCUGGCAAAAAUUCUGGUCCCAGAAGGCACAAGAGAUGUUCCUCUAGGAACGCCUCUUUGUAUCAUUGUAGAGAAGCAGGCAGAUAUAGCAGCAUUUGCAGACUACAGGCCAACAGCAGUACCCGAUUUAAAGCCACAAGCCCUAUCACCUAUGCCACCUCCGGUGGCUGCUGUUCCUCCAGCUCCCCAGCCGUUAGCCCCUGCACCAUCGGCCACUCCUGCUAGACCAGCUACUCCUGCUGGAUCAAAGGGAAGGAUAUUUGUUAGCCCUCUUGCAAAGAAGUUGGCAGCAGAGAAAGGGAUUGAUCUUACACAAGUUAAAGGGACGGGACCAGAAGGCAGAAUCAUCAAGAAGGACAUUGACUCUUUUGUGCCUUCUAAAGCUGUUCCUGCCCCAGAAGCUGGUAUGGCUCCCUCAGGUCCACGAGUGGCACCAAGUCCUACUCCUGCAGGUGUCUUCACGGAUAUCCCCAUCAGCAACAUCCGUCGAGUGAUUGCUCAGAGGUUAAUGCAAUCGAAGCAGACUAUACCUCAUUACUACCUUUCUAUUGAUGUAAAUAUGGGAGAAGUGCUCUUGAUACGGAAAGAACUUAAUAAGAUGCUAGAAGGGAAAAGCAAAAUCUCUGUCAAUGAUUUUCUCAUAAAAGCUUCAGCUUUGGCUUGUUUAAAAGUUCCUGAGGCAAAUUCUUCUUGGAUGGACACAGUUAUAAGACAAAAUCAUGUGGUUGAUGUCAGCGUUGCUGUCAGUACUCCUGCAGGACUCAUCACUCCUAUUGUGUUUAAUGCACAUAUAAAAGGACUGGAGACCAUUGCUAACGAUGUUGUUUCUUUAGCAACCAAAGCGAGAGAGGGUAAACUGCAGCCUCAUGAGUUCCAGGGUGGAACAUUUACAAUCUCCAAUUUAGGAAUGUUUGGAAUUAAGAACUUCUCUGCCAUUAUUAACCCACCUCAGGCAUGUAUCUUGGCAAUUGGUGCUUCAGAGGAUAAACUGGUCCCAGCAGAUAAUGAAAAGGGAUUUGAUGUGGCUAGCAUGAUGUCUGUUACACUCAGCUGUGAUCAUCGAGUUGUGGAUGGAGCAGUUGGAGCCCAGUGGCUUGCUGAGUUCAAAAAGUACCUUGAAAGGCCCGUUACUAUGCUGUUAUAAUUAACCCAGGAACUUCUAGACUCUGGUCACACUGAUUCAUUCUUAUAUUUAUAUGUUAUUAAACAGAUGGUUCUUUUAAAGUUUCGCUAGUUAUUUUUAUUGAGUCUUUCCAGAUAAGUUAUUUGUAAUAGGCAUUACUAAAUCUUUUUAAAAUGCCAGUUGCACCCAAUUAGUAAUUAAACACCAGGUAUUAAGCUGUACUCCUAGUGAAGGGACAUGUGGCCUAGUUCUUGGGAGACAAGUACUUCCUGGAGAUACAGGACAGGCAGAAUUGUGGUUCCCCACAGACAGGUAUAUAAAACUUACCUGGAUGAAACCUUACAGUUCAAAGUUUAGUUGCUUAAAAUUACUUAGCUAUGAGGGAAAAAGAAGUCUUGAAAAUUAUGGAAAGGUUUUGAACUGAAGCUUUAUUUUGGAAUCUAACCCUAAACUUUUAUAUGAUCUUGGUUUAUCAUACGUGAUAAUUUAGAGCCUCAAGGAAAAUAAGUGAAACUUUAAAAGUCAACAUUUUCUUAGACCUCUUCAACCAACUGUUAUUUUUAUAUGAAUCUCUAAAUAAAAUUGUUUUCCCCUGUUAAGAUAAAGAUAUAAACCAGCUUCUUGGUAUAAAUGAGAAUUUAUGUAUUUAUUUAUAAACAAUUUCAGUGUAUAAUUCUGAGAAUUCUACAAUUAUCUUCAAAUAAAAACAUUCUUAUUAAAUUUAACAAAAAUUAUAGGAGUAGAACUUCUAAGGUUUACUGAAUGUUAAUUGCAGAUGAACCUAAUCAGGAUUUAUUACUCAACUGGAGGACUUUAUGGAUUACCUAUGGAAUGUAUAUGGGAGAGGUGUACAUAUGUAAUAUAUGGUUAUUAGACUUGUAUAUGUGCCAAAGUCCAUUUGUCACCAAAUCUUGUCUAAAAAGAAAUGGGGAAGAGGUAUGUUAGUGAACAGUUUGCAGUGCUAAAAAUGGUACCCACCCUGGGCACCUGGUCCUGUAGUCUCAGCUGCUCAGGAGGCUGAGGAAGAAGGGUUGGGGGACAAUACAAAUACACCAAGACUGUCUAGAAAACAAACAAAAAAUGAUGCCCAAAACAUGGUACUUUUUGAUAGGAGAAAGUAAAAAGUGUUAAGUCUACAUUCAAGAGUAUUCUGUCCUCUCACGUAUCAAGACAGCCCAAAUAUCCUGUCAGAGAGAAAAGCUUAAAUUGGUGUCUUCCCUUACCAGCCUGAAUGCUGUUUUCAUUUUAUUAUAUUUUGCCUUUCUUUGGGAUUGAAGGAAAUGAUGUUCAGGAUAAUAAAUCAGGAUAAUAAAAAUGAGUUGGGAACAUGAUCACAAUUCCAGACUUUCUGUUAAGUGAUGUGGUUUAAUAAAUGUUUGGAAUUGUUUAUGAUUUUAAAAUAAACCUGUCUAGUGCUUCCCUGUAUAUGUAAUAUGUGGAACCAUCCUUGAAAAUUGCUUUUAAGUGUUUCAGUGUUGAGUCUGUUUCUAGAUAUUCAUUUAUCACAUGGUGCACGAGUGACACUCCAUAUAUUCCACGAACAUUCAACUUGUUAUGAAAACAAUUCAGUACAGUAAUCUGAUUCUUCAGGAAUGGGUAAUUUAAGGUUGCACUGAA